ACGUCACAAAGCUCACGAGAGGAGAAAAACUUGGCGUUCCCCCUCUCCCUCGCCUACCCUGCGAGCGCGGGGAGUCGGACGUCUGCGUUCCCCAAGACCAAGAGAAGCGCAGACGUUCCACUUUCUUGGUACGGUGCGGAGCGUGGAAUUGCUGACACACCGGUUGCGCUAUGCUGUACGCCAUUUCGACGCAAGCCUGCCUCACAUAGGCCACAACCUCUGCACAAGACCGAGCCAUGGACGGACUGCCCAAGAUCGUGGUCCUCCUGGCCGUAGCUGCAGUCUUCCUCACAUCCCCGUGCCAAUCCCAGUCGGACCUUCCGCCGGAACUGCCCAAGCUUGAGUGCAACACCACGUGUGCCACACUGCCCAGCACACUGCCAACAGACCACGACCCUUUCCAACGGACCGCCAUCUGCAGAUGCGACGCGGAGUGCGUGAAAUUCGGGGACUGCUGUCGCGACGCUCCCGCCCUUACGAUUUCCGCCGCCCAGCGCCAAGAGUGGAGGUGCACCAAGGUCCUUGCAGACCGCAACAAGAAAUCAAUAUGGACCAAGGCGGCUUGCAAGCCCGACUGGUCCGGCUCAGAAGCCAUCCGGAGCAAGUGUGAAGACAGCGGCAACAAGGCGGUGGACCCACAGACUAUGGUGCCUGUGACUUCCUCGAGGACUGGAGUGUCCUACUGGAACACCUUUUGCGCCGUCUGUAACGACGACAUGGAUGGCGCGAUCCGCUGGACCGUCUCGCUGGACUGCAGCGAGCUUGCCGGCCAGGUGAACAGUAGUUACCUGCAGGACAACAUUGAACUGAGCCCUGACCAGAAGGGCUGGGGCAUCUGGACCGAGGCGCUGGAAGGGGAGGGCCGUAUCUUUGUGACGUGUGGCGUGGAGUACCGGACGGGUAACCUCUCGAGCGACUACUCGUGCAUGUCCCCCAUCUCAACGUGUGAUCCGUCGUGGUCUGGCAGCGAUGUGGAGCAGCAGUGUCAGUCAUACACCGCAGUCGUGGCGUACCGGACCUGGAACUACCGCAACGAACACUGCAUGGUGUGCAACAAUGUGACGGAGGGGCCGCAGAGCUGCGGGUUUUACGACGAUGACGGCGUCGUGAGCUCGAGGUCGUUCAGCUUCAGCAUUCUCAUGGACGUCAAUCCGGCGGGUGGGAACAUUGUGGGGAAGUACACCCUCUGCAAGGGGGACGAGGUCUUUGAUCCUUUCUACAAGACCUGUCGCAGCGUGCUCUGCGGCGUCGAGGGUUACGUCCUCAGGGACGGAAAGUGCUUCCUGCUCGAUGACUACGACCUCUCGGCUGCCGCGAGCGAUGGCCCCAAUGGAACCACACUGUCCGCACAGUUCCUGGGCUGCCGCAAGACGGUCCUGGACAAGGGGGAGUACCUGCUGCGCCCAAACGGCAACCUCUACGCCCCGCGCUACGACCGUGACUUCACACCGGGCAACUUCAAGCUCGGUGCAGCAGAUUCAAGGGCGCUCGUGUGCGUCGUCUUUAACGCCUCCAAUGAGAUCUCCAAGUUCUCCGCGCAGAUGGGAUACGUGUCUGCCGUGGGCCUUGGCGUGUCCAUCUCCUGCCUGGUGGCACACCUCGCCGUCUUCGCACUCGUGCCGGACGUCCGCAACCUCUCCGGCCGUAACCUGGCGAGCCUGGCACUCUCGCUGCUUGCGGCCUACCUCUGCUUCCUCCUUGGCCAGCUCGGCGAAGUCGGCGCGCAGGCCUGCCAGGCGCUGGGCGUCACAACCUAUUACUUCUUCCUUGCCUCGUUUUUCUGGAUGAGUGCCAUGGCGUUCGACGUCUGGAGGACUCUGCGCGUCGCCACCCGUGAGCUGCGGGUCAGCUCAGGGUCGCAGUGGCGCCGCUUCUUUGUCUAUUGCAUUGCGUCCUGGUUUCUGCCGGCCGUUGUGGUCGGGCUGGCGGUCUUCUUCGACGCCCGUUCGACCGGCAUCCCCGAAGACUUCCGGCCACUCUUCGGUCGUCACGGCUGCUGGUUUGGUCAGCGCAAGGCCCUCCUCGUGUUCUUUGCUGGACCGGCGGCUGCACUCAUGCUGGUCAACGUCAUCCUCUUCGCAUCGACGGCCGUCAUGGUGAUCGGGUCGACCAAGACGAGUGUUAAGCGGUCUGGAAGCGCGGCGCGGCGCAACUUCAGUCUCUACGUCCGCCUCUCAGUCAUGAUGGGGCUGUCCUGGACCUUGGGGCUUGUCGCGGGGUACCUCGACAUUGAGGUACUCUGGUACCUCUUCGUGGUGCUCAACACGCUGGAAGGCCUCUUCAUCUUCGUGGCAUUCUCCUGCACGCACAAGGUCGGCACAUACCUCAGGGACCACGUGCUGGCGUGCGCCAAGCGGGAGCCAUACCAGCGGUCUGCGACCUUGAGCUCGGGCUCCGGCUACAACUCUGGUCACAGCACUGGCACGACAAACUCGGGCUUCUCGCGGCGUGGAUCGCCGCGGAGCUCCACGAAUUACAAGCGUACUGCCCCCUACCUCGGCAAGAAAACCAGCAUGGACAUGUACUAGGUACCGACCGUCAUCGACCCCUCGCCAUGCCUUGUUAGUCUUUUUAAAAAAAAGUGUUUUUAACUGUGAACAAAUACCUUUGAAUCGUCUAAUAGUGUUCCGGUGGAAGACGGAACUUGCAGCAUCGCAGCAUCUUUUUGAGCACCUUCGGAACGUUCCGUGUGCGGUUGGCGGAACUCUGACAGUCCUCUCCCGUGUUCGUUUUCGAAGUGUCUCCUCAGUGUUUCCCCCACCCCCCAGUAUUCCAGAGCUUUGUGUCGGCGGACGUUUUGUGAAGGUGCUUCGUUUUUGUUCCUACACUUCAGGUGAUCCAUUGUUCCCCCACAUUUCUAUAUUUAUCACCGAGUCACUCAUGAUAUUCCUUGAAUUUCCCUCACACACCAGCCAUGUUUUAUGCUUGCCCAUCUCUGGGCAUUUCUUUAUUUAUCUUUUAGAGUGUCACAUCCUCCCACUAGGCCAUCAUCUUCGAAUCUCCAACACUUACACAACCUGACAACCUUGCCGAGUUCUCAAGGUGUCGCCUUCCCGUGUGCCGUGGGAGGCCUUGUCAAGAACCGUAGAUAUACCAAAGUUUGCCGAAGUAUGCUGUUGACAACUUCGAACCCUUGUAAAUACUCUUCGUUGCCACGAUAACUCAUAUCGUCAGUUGUGGUGAACCUUGUGUAAAUAAAAUUGUACAUAUGCAGGAGAACA